ACUACAACAACAACAACAGUAAGGCUUCCUCCUUGUGACAUCAUCCUCAGACUCUGCUGGUUCAACUGCCAGACUACCAGAGGUGGCUAGUGGUUUCUUCUGCCAUCUCAUGAUCAUGUUUCAUCUUUGCUAGUGUGUGUGAAAGAGACAAAGUGUCAGGCAGACACAGGCCCCCACAGAGAAAGACAGACAGAGAAGGGCAAUAUCUUUUAACGAUGCUGCAAUCAGCACCGCUUUCUAUGGGCCUCCUCAAGAGGAAGUCAAAGGGCGAGAAUCCUGCAAAUAGGAGCAAAAGCCACCCUGUUGCAGGAUCUAAGAAAACUGUCCAGGGUAGCUGUAGGAGUACCUUUGGCUUUGGGAAUGAUGAAGCAAACACCAAGAACUAUGAAAAAAUCCGGGAGGACAAAAUCACCAGUCUCUGGGACACCAUCUACAGUGAAGUUCAGACCAACAUUUCCAGCGUAGAUAAGCUGUACCAUAUUUACAAUAAAGCCUAUAUGGCUAUAAGUCAUCAGAAGGAAACACUCGAUGACCAGUCCUGUGAUAGCAAAGAGGUUUACGUGGAGAGAUUAGUGAAAGAGAUGGAGAAAUCCUAUCUCAAGCCAGAAGCCAUCUACAUCCACAUAGCUGGAAUGAUGACAAGCUACACCUUGAGCAAACUGCAUCCUCCAAUCUCUCCUGAAACAGAGGGCUCUCUCAUCCGGCAGAGUAUUCGUGGGAUGGCAGCAUGCUACCUAGGCAGAGGGGACAUCUGCAGCAAGGACCUUCAAGAAAAUGCCACUGAAAUACUCACAAUGAUGGUUUGCAGUUUGCUCAGUGAGAAGCCAUCCACCGUGCAUGUUCUUCAUAUCUUGGGGUAUUUUAACAUUUGUAUCCAGAGCAUCUGUGAAACCAUGCAAUCCAUGGCGAUGCAGAUCUGCAUCCCGCUGCUGCGCUAUGCUAGUUAUCUGCGUGAUGUGGAUAUGCAGGAAGUGAGAUCCAAGAUUCCUCCAUCGCUCUACACAGCUUGGACUAGUCUGAGAGGACAAUGCCAAGAAGGCGUUGCAGCAGACAGGGCUAGCGAGGACAUGUAGAGUCUUCACAUCUGCUUGCCUCUCCUGGAACCAAAGAUAGUUUGGGGGCAUUCCAAACUUGAAACCACCAAACUGUGAUUCACAGCAUCUUUGAGAGUUCACUUGAGUAAAAUGUAUUUAUUCAAUUAAAGUUCAUGAGUAACUGAUGA